GGCUGCGGCCGGCCAGCAGGGGCGCUAGUUGCCGCUUCCUGUCUCAUUGUGUGCGCUUGUUACUCUGCAGCUCGGCAGAGAGGCAGGCGACAGGAAAAUGGCGGACGGUGUGGAUCACAUCGAUAUCUACGCCGAUGUAGAGGAGGAAUUUAACCAGGAAGCAGACUACCCUGUCCAUGAGCAGAUCGACCUGUAUGAUGAUGUCAUAUCCCCGUCAGCCAAUAAUGGCGAUGCUCCAGAAGACCGUGACUACCUAGACACACUGCCUGCACCAGGCGGCACAGAGGGAGGGAAGAGUGCCCCGCCCAACGUGGUUUACACCUACACAGGCAAAAGGAUCGCCCUGUACAUUGGAAACCUCACAUGGUGGACGACAGAUGAGGACCUGACUGAAGCCAUCCGGUCAAUAGGCAUCACAGAUGUGCUGGAGAUUAAGUUCUUCGAGAACAGAGCCAAUGGCCAGUCUAAAGGGUUUGCACUGGUGUGUGUGGGCUCCGAUGCAUCAUCCAGGAAGCUGAUGGAGCUGCUGUCAAAGAGGGAGCUCCACGGUCAGAAUCCCAUCGUCACGCCAUGCAACAAACAGUCUCUCAGCCAGUUUGAGAUGCAGUCACGCAAAAGUACCCAAUCAGGCCAGAUGUCAGGGGAAGGCAAGGCCGGGCCACCUGGCAUCGGCCCACGUGGAGGUUUCCCCAUGGGAGGUCGAGGCAGAGGCAGGUUCCCUGGACCUCCUGGCCCAGGAGGAGACCGCUUUCCUGGUCCCAUCGGCCCUGGAGGGCCACCACCACACUUCCCUGGCUCGGGGAUGAGACCAGAUCUGAUUAGGCACCAAGAUGGCCCUCUGAUGGAUAUGAGUUUCAAUCCCUUCCCGUCGGGGGGCAGGGACGGGAGCUGGCGACCCAGAGGUGGGAUCCAGGGCCCUCCACGGCCUCCUCCUGGUCCUCCUGGCCCUCCUGGCCCUCCAGGUCCCCCUCCCCCUGGCCAGGGACUCCCCCCUCCCCUCGCUGGACCGCCGAGUCGUGGCGACCGCCCACCUCCCCCUGUCAUCUUCCCCGGUCAAUUUGGCCAGCCACCCAUGGGACCCCUGCCCCCUGGUCCCCCUCCGCCAGGCUACGGCCCUCCUCCUGGUCCCCCACCCCCUCAACAGGGCCCACCACCCCCAGGACCCUUCCCUCCUCGGCCACCAGGCCCCAUUGGGCCUCCUAUGGCUCUGGCUCCACCUCCCCACAUGCCAGGCCCCCCACCUGGCGGACCCCCGCCUGCCCCUCAUGUCAACCCAGCCUUCUUUCCCCCGCCUGGCAACAACAGCAUGCCCCCCAGCGACAGCCGUGGCCCCCCCGGACCAAACGACCCAUACGGACGCCCUCCACCCUAUGAAAGAGGAGACUACGGCCCUGGCGGACGGGAGAUGGAGGCUUCACGGACUCCUCUGAGUGAGGCUGAGUUUGAGGAGAUUAUGAACAGGAACAGAGCCAUCUCCUCCAGCGCCAUAUCUAGAGCGGUGUCUGACGCUAGCGCAGCUGACUAUGGCAGUGCCAUAGAGACUUUGGUGACAGCCAUCAGUCUGAUAAAGCAGUCUAAAGUCUCAGCUGAUGACCGCUGCAAGGUCCUCAUCAGUUCCCUGCAGGACUGUCUUCACGGCAUUGAGUCAAAGAGCUACGGCUCUGCCUCCAGGCGUGAGAGGUCGAGGGAACGUGACCACAGCCGGUCCAGGGAGAAAAGCCGGCGCCACAAGUCCCGCAGUCGUGACAGGCAUGAGGACUAUUAUCGAGAACGGAGCCGAGAGCGCGACCGUCACAGGGAGAGGGACCGGGACCGAGACCGGGAAAGAGAGAGGGAGAGGGAGUACCGACACCGCUAGACUGGAGAGGAGGGGAGCUAACGAGGAUCAAGGAAGGAUGGAAGGAAAACAAGGAACAAUUUCAGUGCAACACCACCGCCCCACCCCGCAUGACCGGACAGGAUUGCAACGACGACCACGUCUCCUUCACCCUUCCAUCUCUCCUCUCCUCCUCCUUCACCCAUCUUCCUCUCUCUGUCCAUCUUGUCUGCCUGGCUAGGAUCAGUGGAUGGAAGGCCCUCACCUGUGUAAGGCUGUGUUAUCUUAACAUCUAUACUUGUGGUAACUAAAGAUGAAAGAAAAAAAAACCUUUCCAACAAGCUCUUUUAUUUUUAUGACAUUUUAUUUGAUAUGAAAAAGAUGAGUACCUGUGUGACGCUUUUUCGCAAAGUAAUAAGAAGAAUAAAUGGCCUGCACGAUCCGCAAAUUAAAGGACACGCCCAACACAACAUCAUCCCGGUGUUUUGUUGUUUUGUUUUCUUUUUUCUUUUUUUCUUUUUUUCGCUCGCUGUACUGUGUACAUUUGUCAGUUUAGGAGUCAUUGUUUUUAUAGGGUACCUGUUUUUGGUCUUUUUCCCCCUCUUCCCUCUUGUUCCCAUUUAUUCUUUUCAUGGAUAGGAUGUUUGUAAAUGUCUCUGCUUUUGAUGAUAAAAACUAGAUUGUGUUGUAAUAAAAAAAGGUUUACUGAGGUCCACGCUGCAUCUGGUGAAUUCCUCUAUCUGCUCGGCUCAUUUAUAUUCAAUGUAAGGAGUAUACUGUACUGCAGAUCAUUUUUCAUACGAACUGUCUACACUGACAUUAUCUUAAGUUGUACUGUCAAAGCUGCUAUUUCUUUUACAUAGAACCCAAAUGAAGCAUUAAUGACCAGUGCUUUGGUUUUUCUUUUGUUUGUUUUUUGUUAUGUAUUUAUUUACCUUAAAUUUACCUUUAAAAAAAAAAAAAAAAAAAAAAAUCAUACUAUUGCAAGUUAAUUAACAGUAUUUUGCACUGUGGGUGUAUUCAUGCUUAAGAUUUCUAACUAUUUUGUUUUUUGUUUUUUCUUUCUUUUUUUGUCCAAUAAUGCUGAUUAAUCCAGAUUGGUACAGUUUUACCAUGCAUACCACAGGCUGAAAACUCCCCACACAGCACUGUUCACAAAUUGGUAUCUCAUCUCUGAUUCAUGGGUAAUGGCAUGAAAUAUUCCCACACCAAAUUGCCUUUGAAAUUUCUGUUCUGUUUUGCUUCCACCCCGUUUUGUUAAUGUGAAAUACAUUAAUUCUUAAUGUACUUUUGUUCACCUGGCCGCACAGUUCAAGCUAUCUUGAAAUUUGUCAACUUGCUACUAACUGAACUGCAGCUGUUUCAUAUUUUCCAAAUUUAAGUGAAUUUUCCUUUUGUGUUCCAUGCCUGAAAUUAAUUUUGUAUUUUAAUUUUAAGCUCUUAUCCCCUAUAAUGUUACACAAUUGAUGAAACUGAUUUUUUUUUUAAACUCUGAAUAUUGUGACCUUUAUCACUUUGAGGGGAAAUGGGAAACAGAAAAAUGUUUCUUGACUUCACUAGCCCAACAAUACACUGUUUUGUUUUUACUGUCAGCAUAACAAAAGAAAAUACUGAGUUUAGCAAUGCAUCAUAUUUAGCUGUCACAUGUUCUUAGUCCUUCAGUAGUCAGCCCAAAUAAUUAAUUUGAGUGAUUGAUGUUUUACUUGUUUCAACCCCUUUCAGCUCUCCAAAGAUACUGUCAGGUCUUGAGGUCAGAAUGUUUAAUUUGAUGAAUUUUAACACUUUGUGGCAGCUGCAAACUAUUGACUCUGAAGUGCUCUUGAAUUUUAUUCUUCAUGUUUUGAGGCCCAUUAGAAAAUGUUUGAAUUCCAGAUGUGAGCUGCUCUAACAGGAACCCUAAAACUGCUCCGGCAGCCCUGUAACUUGACUCUGUAAAACAAUAACCACAUGUGAUUUACUUCAACAAAACUAUAAACACAUCAUAGGUUUAUUCAGGCAUCAGGCAACAAGCAUUUAAAUAAAUUUGUACAAGAUUUGAAAGAAACUUUUGUGGAAAAAUGGUGUUUAGUUAUAGCUCUUGAACCAAAACUUUACAUGUUGUGUUCAUAUUUUUGUUCAGUAUUUAUUGAGUUGAAGUACAGAAACAAUUAGUGAAGAAUUGUGUUUUGACACAGACAUCUUCCAGUCUGUGAGCAGUAGUGAGACUGGACCAGCAGCUUUAAGGACAGUGAAGACUGAUAAUGCAUUCAAGUGAAAACUGUUAAUUGCCCAGCAGAUGUAGGUGUGUGUGUCUGCCUUGUGACUUUUCUCUCCACAGCGGUGAAGGUAAGUGUUUUCAGCAAAGGAACAAACACCAGUCUGCUCCUCAGAAGACCGCCGGCCAGAGCUGCUCCUCUUCCUCCUCUCCUCUCGUGUCAGGGGUGUGAUGUAUGUAACUUUUCUCCACACUUCCACUGUAUAUAUAUUUUUUUAAUUGUUCAAAUCACAGGUGCCAAGAAGUAUUAUGUCUUUGGCUCAGAUCAAACUUUGCAGGGUAAACAUGGUUUAUUUUAACGUUUUGUCUUGAAUUACAAGUUGUGGAGGCCUGACCAGUGAUGAACACUCCUCCCACUGUGAGCUGGCUGUGUACAGGGGGAUGACCAUGCAUUUUUACAUUAGUAUAAGUAAUAAAUUUAAUGCUUAUAACAUUGUUUAAGGUUGUCAGUGAUGGGGUGUAUGGAUUUGAUCAUUUUUCAAGUGGGGAUUCCUCUUGAUGUGUGACUGCAGCGUUAUGUUGUUGAUCACACUUGUCAAGGAGAAACCCAGAGUAAUCCUUGGCCUGUGAAAAAUAAAACUUGACUUAAAUCA